CAUAAUUCUCCGUUUGGAAUCAUGCAUAACUCAUAAAUCCUGCGUGCUACUCCUAGACAAGAGGGGACCAAUUACAUUGACAGUUACACCAUAAAAUCAAUAGGAACAAAUACAAAGAAAAUACAAACGCAUUUUCUAACACGUGUUUGAUGCACGAACUGUAAAUAAAGUUAGUCGAAAUUCAAUAUGUUACUGUCGCGCAGUGACGACAUUUCCAUCGCCGUGACAUCGUUCUUCAUGAAGGCCUGUGGGAUUUGGAUGGCGACUAAUAACAUUGAGCAACAAUGCAGAAAAAUCGCCAUAGCGUACACAACUAUUGUGAUAUUGUUUCAAGGUUGGGUACUUACGUCAGCGGUGUAUUUCUCCGGGGAAGAUUUCAACGUCUUCCUAACCAAUCUGAGCGCUCUUUUGAGUAUGCUCUUACCUACGUUCAAGACACUCAUCCUGUUUGUACAUAGAAAGGAUCUCUUUCAAUUAGUUGUAUACUUGGAACGGAAAUUUUUGCAAGGGAAUUACGACGCUCACGAGAAGGCAAUUUUGAACGGGUGCAAACACGUCUGUGCGGUAUUCAUUUGCACUUUUUCUUCAUUUGUUCAUGCGACGGAAAUCUGUUACAACGCGGGUCCAAUUGUUGCUAACAUUGGAAGGAACGGUACAGACAGAGUACUUCCAUUUGAGAUGUAUUUAGAUAUCGCAUACUGCACACCGUACUUUGAGAUCACGUUCGUCCUAGAAAGUUUAUUUGCAUACCACGUCGCCCUCUGUUACAUGUGCUUCGAUAACAUGUUAUGCAUCAUGAAUCUUCACGUAGCUAGUCAGUUUCGUAUUCUCCAAUACAGACUAGAAAACAUGCGAGAGGAAAAUAAGGAAGAAUCUAUUGAAAAUUCGAAAAAAUCCUCGUCGCGUACGGCAGAUGAGAACUACGCCAUUUUUAAAAGCUGCGUUCGACAGCAUCAGACACUUAUUGCAUACUGUGACAAACUCGACGAUGUGUUCAGUCUUUUUUCACUUGGACAAGUGUUAAUUUUCAGUACGUUGAUUUGCAUUGACGGAUAUCAAGUUGUUAUGGUUAGUAUCAGCUGUGACUGUUUACUGAAAGAAAGCAUGAACAUUGCGCCAGCAAUGUACGCUGCUCCGUGGACUCAUCUACCGAUGAACAAAGACGGAAGAAUACUGCGAAAAGACCUGAUACUUGUCAUUAUGAGGUCCAGGAUACCAUGUUGCGUGACAGCCCAUGGGUUCUUCCCUGUAUCUAUGGAAACGUUCACCAAGAUAAUGAGUACAGCAAUGUCAUACUUCACCUUAAUACAGGGACAAACCGCGGAUACUACCAGUGUCUCCGAACUGUGA